AUGGAUGGAUCAGCAGUUGUAUCAGGGGCUGCAAAAGCAGCUUCAUACAACAUGCUACUGCAGCUUGGAUUGCGACUGACAACAUUUGUCCUGAAUGCUUUCAUCCUGCGCUAUGUUUCACAAGAUGUUCUCGGCAUUGUUAACGUGAGACUGACUCUGCUGUAUUCAACAACCCUGUUUCUAACCAAAGAAGCCUUUGAUCGGGCAUGUCUCAGUAAAUCUACCACAAGUGACUGGAAACAAGUCAUCAACCUGCUCUGGUGCACAUUCCCUUUGGCCAUUUUAUUUAGUGGUUGUUUAGGAAUGGUAUGGCUGUAUGUACUGGAGAAUCCAUCCACCACUACAUCUGUAUCGGGUUACACAUUUGGUGUUGUCUGUUUCGCACUGUCUACCAUCAUUGAAGUCCUAGCAGAACCUCUGUUUGUGGUAGGACAAGCUUUUCUGUUUGUUCGUCUCAAGGUUGUGCUGCUUGGUAUAUCGCAGGGGAUUAAAUGUAUCAUCACAGUGAUUCUGGUGUUGAAGCAGCCGCAGUGGGGCAUCGUCAACUUCUCCAUAGCUCAGGUUGUAUCCAGUGUGACUUAUGCAGCCAUGUACCAUAUCUACUUUGCUCAUUAUAUUUCUUCCAACAAGAAGAAGGCAGAAGAUUUUCCCCUGAAGUCUGUGGCAGACAUGUAUCCUUGUAUACUGACUGAUAAGCCAUUUAUUGAUGUUCACUUGGCCAGUUUGACUUGGAGUUUUUUCAAGCAGUCAUUCCUCAAGCAAAUUUUAACCGAAGGAGAAAAGUUUGUGAUGACAUUCUUUGAUGUUCUCAGUUAUGGAGAUCAAGGUGUCUAUGAUGUUGUUUCCAACUUGGGCUCCCUGGCUGCUCGGUUCAUUUUCCUGCCUAUAGAGGAGAACAGUUACUUGCUGUUUUCCAAGUUGAUGCAGCGAGGUGUGUCUGCAGACAAGCAGAGUCAGGAAUCUCUAAGGUUGUCUGUCCGGGUUUUAGGAGUAGUGUUGAAAAUAGUGACUAUAAUAGGUUCUAUAAUCCUGAUAUUUGGCUUCUCAAAUUCCUACCUGGCACUUCAUAUAUAUGGAGGAGACGUGUUAUCUUCAGGGGCAGGACCAACCCUGCUGCGCUGGCAUUGUUUGUAUGUACUGAUUAUUGCCAUCAAUGGCACAACAGAAGCAUUUGUGUUUGCAGCGAUGAGUAAAGCUGACGUUGACAGGUACAACAAAAAGAUGGUUCUGUUUUCUGGCCUGUUUCUGUUGUCAUCCUGGCUACUGACCAGGAUGUUAGGAAGUGUUGGAUUUAUACUGGCAAACUGUUUCAACAUGCUGGCUCGAAUAGCUCAUAGUAUUUAUUUCAUUCAGGGUUACUUGUUUGGUACUGGGUACAGUCCUUUAAAUGAGAUAGUGCCUUCGAUGCCAGUGAUUGUCUCCCUGCUGGUUUCACUCAUUGUUACCUCUACAUCUGAGCAUCUGUUUUGCAGAGAGCAGUCUGUGAUAAACAAGUUGGUUCACAUUCUGAUCACUGGUGUGUGCCUUCUAGUGGUCCUACUCAUUGUUCUCCUCACAGAGAAGAAUUUGAUAGCCCUGGUCAAAGAGCAGAUGUCAAAGGUCAGAGGUCAAAAGCCAAAAAUUCAAGAGAAAGAAAGAUAG